AUGGCACAAGCAAAUACUCCAACACCCAUGGAGAAUGCAGCUAAGCCGGUUCAACCUGAAGUACCCACUAACCGCCUCCGAACCCUCCUCCAGGAACUAUACAGCUUCUUCACCCGCACCGACGCUACACACCUAGAAAUCACCAAACUACUCCACGCACCACAAGACACCUUCCUCUACCAUGACACAUCCGCCCUAGCAAUCGACCACGCUACUGCCCCACGCCAAUCCGACCUCGCCAACCUCCGCGAUAACACGACCAAAUCCCCUGCGCAACGCGAAGCUGAGAAACAAGACCUGGUAUAUGUGCGAUUGAACGACGGGGAUGUGGGGACUGUUGUUAAUGGUGGGCAGGCUACUACGGAGACUAUGGUGAAAGCGUUUGAAAUUGUUUUAGAGGAUGAGCGGGUUAGGGUUGUUUUGGUUAAUAUUUAUGGGGGUAUUGUUCGGUGCAAUAUGGUGGCUGAGUCCAUUAUCCAAGCUGCUGCGAGGUUGGGCCCAUUGCGGUGUCCAAUGGUUGUGAGGCUACAGGGGACGAAUUCGGAGGAGGGGCAACGUCUGAUCCAGGAAUCAGGUCUAAACCUGAUUGCCGAGUCUGAUUUUGAGUGA